AUGUCUAGUAAUGGUGGUGGUUAUGUUGAGUAUAAUGUCUAUGGCAUUAUCUUCCAAGUUCCUAGCAAGUAUGUUCCUCCUCUUCGUCCUCUCGGUAGAGGCGCUUCUGGUUUCGUAUGUGCUGCUUUUAAUUCGGAAACGGGCGAGGAAGUAGCGAUAAAGAAGAUUAGUAAUGCAUUUGACAACAUUAUGGACGCCAAGAGAACUUUGAGAGAGAUUAAGCUUCAUAACCAUAUGGAUCAUGACAAUGUUGUUGCCAUUAAAGACAUUAUAAGACCACCUCAGCGAGAGAAUUUCAACGAUGUUUACAUUGUUUACGAGCUAAUGGACACUGAUCUUCAUCAAAUUAUACGAUCAACCCAACCGUUAAAUGAUGAUCAUUCUCGGUUCUUUCUUUAUCAGUUAUUGCGAGGACUCAAAUACGUGCAUUCAGCUAAUGUAUUGCAUCGUGAUUUAAAACCGAGUAAUCUGCUCCUGAAUGCAAAUUGUGACCUCAAGAUUGGUGAUUUUGGACUUGCGAGGACUAAAUCAGAGACUGAUUUCAUGACAGAAUAUGUCGUUACACGUUGGUACCGAGCUCCAGAGUUGCUCCUUAACUGCUCAGAGUACACUGCAGCUAUCGAUAUUUGGUCUGUCGGUUGUAUACUCGGCGAAACAAUGACCAGGGAACCGUUAUUUCCAGGCAGAGAUUAUGUUCAACAGCUUAGACUCAUCACCGAGCUUAUUGGUUCACCUGAUGAUUCAAGCCUCGGAUUCUUAAGAAGCGACAACGCGAGAAGAUACGUAAGACAGCUUCCACAGUAUCCAAGACAAAACUUUGCAGCUAGAUUCCCAAACAUGUCUAUUGAAGCAGUUGAUUUGCUGCAGCAAAUGCUUGUCUUUGACCCAAACAAACGCAUAACAGUCGAUGAAGCUUUGAGCCACCCAUACUUAGCACCAUUACACAACUGUAACAAGGAACCGGUGUGCGUGAGGCCGUUCGGUUUCGAUUUCGAGCAACCUUCACUGACUGAAGGGAAUAUCAAGGAGCUUAUAUAUCGUGAAUCAGUCAAGUUUAACCCUCAAGAUUCCUAG